UAAUAAUAAGUCCUUAAUUACAAGGUUUUGUAACGAGGGAGACAGAAAGAGACCGUGAAGAAAUGACUGAAUGUCGUUCACUUCUAAAUCUUCAAAUUCCAUGUUUUACCAAACACAUUUCACUCAUCACUACUUCCCCUCUCAAAUCUCUUUAUUUCUCACACCAUCGAUUAUCAAACUUUCAACCCUGUCAAAUUUCUCGCAAAACCCAAGCUACAAUCCCGCACAUGGAAAUUGAACAAACUGAAGGAUCUUCCGAUUCAUCCCAACCAAUGAAACUCUUGUUUGUGGAAAUGGGUGUCGGCUACGAUCAACACGGGCAGAAUAUAACUUCUGCAGCAAUGAGAGCGUGCAGGGAUGCUAUUUCUUCUAAUUCAAUCCCCGCUUUUCGCAGAGGUUCCAUUCCUGGUGUUAGUUUCGGUGAGAUGAAAUUGCAGAUCAAGUUAGGGGUUCCUCAUUCUCUCCAGCAGUCUCUAGAUAUUGACAAAGUCAAGUCUGUAUUUCCCUAUGGGAAAAUUUUGAAUGUUGAAGUUGUGGAUGGUGGUUUGAUAUGCUCAAGUGGGGUGCUUGUGGAAGAGAUGGGUGACAAGAAUGAGGAUUGCUACAUUGUGAAUGCUGCUGUUUAUGUUGGUUAUUAACUUAAUUUGAAUGUUGAAGUUUGUUUAGUAUUUUCUCCUAUCAAUGGAUUUCUGUUAAUAUCAAAUUCAUUACUUUUCUUCUGAAAUAAUAAACUGCACAUUUCUAUCUAGAGACAAUGUUUAGUAAAAAGUAGUGAUAAUUGAUAAGUUAAUAUUUUGGAUUUUUCAAA